CUCUCUCUCAUAGUAGUUACUUUGUGAUCCCAAGCUUUAUAUUUUGUGGUUUCCAAAUUAGUACAUUCUAGUAAGUCAUUUAUUUCUUGAAAUUAUUUAAACUCUACAAGCACCUAGAUAUUCUUAAAAUUUUGAUCAUUACAAAUUUUCUCUUUAAAGAUAUAUAGUAGCUUUAAUAUCACCAGGAAUGAGUUUGGCAGGUGAAAAUGAGUCAUUAGAAAGAGAAUUCCAAAAAGGAGUGAAACAUUUAUGUGAGAGAGGAAUAAAAAGUGUUCCAAGCAAGUACAUAUUGCCAGUCCUUGACCAACCCAAUUCAGGGAAAGGAAUUUCUAGUGCUAGUAACUCCAAUCUAAAGUUACCCGUUAUUGAUUUUGCAAAGUUGCAAGGCUCAAAUAGAUCCCAUACUGUCAACUCCCUCAGAAAAGCUUGCGAAGAAUUUGGUUUCUUCCAGUUGGUAAACCAUGACAUUCCAAGGGAUGUGAUUGAAAACAUGGUUGAUGUAAGUAAAAGGUUCUUUGAGCUCCCAUUUGAGGAGAGAUCAAAGUACAUGUUAACUGAUAUGAAUUCAGCAGUCAGGUAUGGGACAAGCUUCAACCAGAAUAAAGAUGCUGUCUUUUGUUGGAGAGACUUCUUAAAGCUAAGCUGCCAUCACUUGUCCGAUGUUCUUCCUCUUUGGCCCUCUUCUCCUAUGGACCUAAGGCAAGCUGUGAUUAACUAUUCGAACAAUACUAAAUUCUUGUAUCAAAUGCUAACGGAGGCCAUCCUAGAGAGCCUAGGAUUGGUGGAUACUAAUAACAAUGAGAAAGAAAAUGAUGAAUUAGAAGAAUUCAAAGAUGGAAGCCAUCUCAUUGUGAUAAAUUGCUAUCCAGCGUGCCCUGAACCUGAUUUGACACUAGGUAUGCCACCCCAUUCGGACUAUGGCCUACUCACACUUCUUCUCCAAGAUGAAGUUGAGGGUCUUCAAAUACAACAUGAAGGAAGAUGGGCGACAGUCGAACCACUUCCUGAUUCAUUGGUUGUCAACAUCGGUGACCAUCUUGAGAUAUUUAGCAAUGGAAUAUACAAGAGUGUACUUCAUAGGGUUCUUGUCAAUCCUUCAAAGUCACGAAUUUCCAUUGCUUCAUUGCAUAGCCUGCCAUUCAACAACGUAGUUCAGCCGUCACCGAAACUCAUCGAUGAAGACAAUCCAAGGCAUUACAAGGAUACAGACUUUGCCACUUUUCUUGACUAUAAUUCUUCCUGUGAACCCAAGAAAAAGAGUUUCCUGGAGUCCAGGAAACUGACUUGAGGGGGGACGUGUCUACGCAGUUUGAUUUUUCCAGCAUCGACCGGUGUGUAGCAAAGAUUAUCAGGAUGCGAGAAAUUUCUAGAUAACUGACUUUUGAAUA